GUGAAGUCUAUAUCUAUGCACCAGUUUCUAUUAGUUUCGGUCUGUUAAUAAACGGAAACUGAGUUGUCUCCACCGAUUCCGUUGAGUCUUUAUGUCGCAAAAUUUUAUGGUUCGCUAGCAGUGAGCUAAAGCUCUGUCCGUGCAUUACCCAGCACCAUGCCCCGUGUCGAGCAGACCCUGGUGGGUUCCUCCUCCCUUGCCGGGGACGGAUUGACCAUUUGGAGUAAGGAUUUUUGCUACUACGGGCACGCGAACCAAUUUGUGGAGUCACUGCAGAUCCGGUUUUUCACCCGCGCAUUGUUUUCGCUCAUCUUCCUCAAUUUCCACGACUCCUCAUCCCUGAUGGAGGAGAAGCAAGUCACGCCACCGCAGUAUUCGUGGCCCGGCUGGAUGUUUGUGAAGGUGAUGAAGCCGAUCAAGCCGGGGGACUGUAUUGGCGUGAAUUUUCUUUCCAGUACUACCGCGGAAAAUCUGAGCGCCACAACGACACCAGGGACGACAUCUUCGAGGAGCGAGGCGAGUCAGGCCGCGGGCGGUACUUCUACCAGUGAUGUAGUAUCAGCAUCAGAGUCUACUUCUGCUCCAGUGGUCGUGAAGCAACCCGACAACUCGCACGUUCCGGGUAGGGAAAUUUUGGAGCUGAAGCAAGCAACAGAAGGUGUAGGUGGACGGGCUGGAAGUUCGUCCGGUGGGCCGACAACUGCAAGUCCACCACCGGAAGCAGGACAAGAAGACGAAGCAGCGUCAGAGGUUGAAGACCCAGAAAUCGAGUUCGCUCUUUCGCUGAACAGCACGCUAAACAAGAUGCUGGCGACCAUGGGACCUUGUCAAGACGUCAACGAGGCGACGCACCUGUUCAUGACGGAUGUGGAGAGGGACAGGAAGCUCCGCGCGGGCAGCUUCUACCCAAAAACGGAAUGGUCGACGGAAACGACGCUACCCCCGACGAAGACCAUCACAGACACCGUCGACGGACAGGUCGUCACGACGGUCGCGCAAAACGGCUUUCGCAUCCGCCGCAUGUUCGCGUUGGAGCACUGUCGCGGGCUGCUCGUGUCGCACUACCGGAUCGCGCCGCAGCUCAAGUGGUGCGACAUAUCAAGAAGAAAAAUCCCCCCUCCCCAUAUCAAAACGUAAAUCUGUGAUGCAGAUUUGUGGUCACAAAUCAGCUUUGUCAUGCUAGAAGGAAAGACGUGCGGAGUGUAAUGCUGGCUGGCGUGGGAAAGCCUUGCGCCUUCAGCAUGACAGAGAGCAACUGGAAGGGGGAAACAGCAUGACAAAUUGCCUGCAAACGAGGCCACAGCUGCGGCUUUUGGCCUUCUGGCAUUACAAGUCGACUUCGUGUACUCAAAUACAGCAUCAAAAAUUUCGUUUUCGUUAUGGGGAGGGGGGAUUUUUCCUUUUGAUACGACAGCGACGGGCGAGAAAAGUUCACGUCGAGCCAGAAGCGCGUCGCGAGUCAGGGAUUUCAGGCACACCACCCGCAUGCGAGCACCAUGUGGUGGUUUUCGAAACCAAGGACACGGUGUAUAAUUUGCUUCUUGCGACGAGUUGUCCUUGUGUGUUAGCAGUGAAGUUGUGCAUGAAAAAUAAAAGAUUGCUUCACAUGCAGAACAAAUAAAUGAAAAUGCACAUCAUCAACUGAAAUAACCAAUAAGUAGCGUCAGCAGCAGCACCAUGCAUACCGUUAAGAAUCAAUCGGAUAACAAGUCAACAUGAGAAAUAAAUUCUUCGAAUGUUCAAUAACUACACAGUCUCCAAGAGCUCGGCGUCAGUGACAAUGUAGACGCGGAGGACCGGGAUCUAGUUCCUUUCGAGCAAGUGAACGACUUUGUGAUGCGGCGCGCGGGGCACUUUUCCAUGGUGUGCGUCUACCUGAAUGAGAACCACCCCUACGCUCCUGACUACGCCCUGGCGAAGGAGCGGCUGAGCUGUCCGCGAACCAGCAGCGAAACGGAGCACACGGACCCGGAGGUGAACGAAGCGGCUGCGGCGCGAGCGAGGAAUGACAAGAGCACUGCAACAUCGGCGCAAUCUUCGCAAGAAGAACAAGUAAAAACCGGUAAGUCCUCCUUCGUGGUCUUUGGCAAUUUCGCUUGGCAGUACUGUGUGCAGGAAUUAUUCGCAGUGCUCGCCAUGACGGAUCUAAACACGAAGCCGGGGCCGACGAAGCAGGAAUUGAAUUACCUGGAGCAGCUAUUGACCAUGAAUAAAUUGUUUCACAAUCGGAUCCUAGUGGAUUACGAGAUCCCACAGUUCGACCUCUGGUCCUUCAGCACGAGAGGGCUGGAGUAUAGUGACGAUGAUCAUGAUGCUGGCGAAAGAAGCACGACAGCACGCAAAAGGCCGGGGGCAGGUGAAGGAGGAGAACAAGAAAACCAAACCGCGCUGCAAUCUGCGGUUCUUACCGGGCAGAAACACACGACCACAACGACUGCGUCAGACUCUGAGCUCGACGAUUUGUACCGCGUGGACGAGUUUUCCGGCGGCAGAGAAAAUCUCACGGUGUACGGUCCGCUCGCAGCGCACGUGCGCGAGAACCGAGCACCUUGGCUAGCGAUGUUAAAGAGUAGUUCCGCUGCUACUGCAGAAGAAGAUAAAAAUCCGGACCUCGAUCAUGAACAAACGUCGCAAAUUGAAAUCGCCGACAGAUCUUCCCUCUACUCCCUUCUCGAUCACGAGAUUUUUCUUCCACGGGAGUACCGCGCCGCGCACAACGAGGAAAAGAAGGGCGCGAGACUGCGAAAGAAACUGGAUCUGGAAGCGCAGUACGCGGACCGGGAAGCGGCGAUGGGAUGGAUAGGGUCAGGAAUAGCGUUUUCGUUUGACGAGGAGAAAGCGAAACAAAGGAAAAGCCGGCUAGAGCACCACGAUUACUACGAUGGCAGGGCGGUGGGUAGGGAUUGGGGCAAGGUGCUGACAAGGAGGAUGUUGAACAAGCUGUCUGCUAGAACAGCAAAAAGUACCGCAGGAGCAGACCCAGACGCUUUUGAGCCGUAUAACUCAAGAACAGAGCCGCGUGGUCCGCCGGCCGCCGUAUUCGACCCCGAUCGUCCCGUUGCGCCUUCGGAGACCGAUCUCUCUCCGGGAGAAGCCUCGACGAUUUUUCCGACAGCAAGAGAUGAGAAUUCAGAGGGUGUUGACAGCGUAUGCACUGCAAAACUAUCGUACUAG